AUGCAUGUUGGUAAACUUGGGACCAUAAGCUGUGUGGACAUCAGUAUAAUUUUGCACGGAGAGGAGGGAAUGUCCGGUACAAGAGAACUGAUCAGUGAUGACGACAGACCGAUGUUUGAAAGAAACUCCAGGGACAAGUUCAUUCUGACGGAUAUUUGGCAUAACAAUGUUGGAUCCUCCCCCAGCUGGUACCUGAGCCGGGUCAUCGUCAAGGACCUUAACAAUGAACGUGAGUUCUACUUUAUAUCGGAGAAAUGGCUGGCGGUGGAGGAGGAGGAUGGGAAAGUGGAGAGAGAAUUCCUGGCACUGGACGGGAACCUGGGGUUCAAACGAGUGUUCCUGACCAAGGGGACGCAAUACCUGGCGGACUAUCACCUAUGGUUAUCGCCCUUUACCUGUCCCUCCUAUAGUCAGUUCACGCGGACCCAGAGGUUGACCUGCUGUCUGACCCUGUUCUCUGUCUACAUGUGUCUGAAUACCCUGGUGUACCAUUACACCUAUAAACAGUACCGCGGUGAGUUUGGGUUGUUGUUAGACCUGUCUUGGAAUAGCGUUAUUGUUGGAGUCGUUUGCUGUGUGGUAGCCAUUCCAUUGAAUUUUGUUUUGUCCUUUUUAUUCCGGAGAAGCAAGCUGGUUCCAACAGCGCGUAGUAAAACCUCAUUAGCAGAAGACAAAGAUGAAGAUGCGUAUCCGAGCGGGAAACCGAACGAGAACUCACAGGAAGAGGAAACUGACACCUCGGCGGAAGUGGUCCAACCCAUUAUGACGUAUUCCAUUCUUGAUCAAUCUAUUUUGAACUGGCCAGCUAUACAGAAUUGGGCACAAAAACAAUGGAUCAAGCGACAACAAACUGUCAGCAAGGAGAGUCAGAGUUCACAGACCGAGGCCCUACUCAGUAAAUUGAUAGGUUCAGAGACGGACAUGGCGUCCAGCGGUUUCGAGGACUCUAACAGUACAGAGCCCCAACCACAGAUGACCCUCAGUUCUACCAACAGCAGCGUCAAGAACAAGACAGCCUCGGAGAGCAGUCAGAGCUCGGCUAAUUGUCCAGCUCCGUCUAAGAAGAACCCCAACUCUCGUCUGCUCCUGCCCACGUGGAUGCAGUACGUCACGUGGUUUCUGUGUGCCCUUAUUAUCGUCUGCUCAACAGUUCUGACGAUUUGGAUCGGUUUCCGGUUUGAUGAAGUCCGUAGCAUCCUUUGGUUGCAGUCUCUCUACAUCAGUGUGUUAUUCUGUAUAUUCGUCGUCCAUCCAAUCCUGAUAUUCAUUGCGGUAUUGUACACAACUGUGCGGUAUCGAUGUGAUCCCAGCAUCCUGGACAAUUAUGAAGAAUCCUAUUUCGGCGAAAACGCGGAAAGGAAAAUAUUCCGUAGGAAAAAGGAACAGUCGUGUGAAAGUUGGACCGAGGCAGAGGAGUUAGACAAGGCUGUAGCUGCGCGGCAAAGAUCUCGGUACCUGCGGUUUGCUAGGCCUCCACAGGAGAAGCAGCUGAUUGAAUCCAGAAAAAAAGUCAUGAAGGAGAAAAAAGCUCUCACAAUUCUGUUGUAG